ACCUUCUGGAAGGUUCCACCCGCACCCUCACCACAGUCUUCGGGAUGGCCCUACUCGCCCUCAGAACCUUCUGCCAUCAGCUUCUUCCGAUGUCCAUGUCCAUGUCUUCGGUAGGGCCUCUGUUCUUCGCGUCGCUGCGGGACAGACCUAGCGGGUCCCUGAACACGCCGCUGACAGUGGUGGCGGCGGGGCUGGGGAAGUGGCUGGACAUAUACAGCGGAGUUCUGAUGGUUAGGGUUCUACUGAGUUGGUUCCCGAACAUCCCGUGGGAAAAGCAGCCACUGUCCGCCAUCAGAGACCUGUGCGACCCGUACCUGAACCUGUUCCGCAACAUCAUUCCCCCUGUUUUCGACACCCUCGACGUCAGCCCCCUCCUCGCCUUCGCCGUCUUGGGCACCCUCGGCUCCAUUCUCAACACCGCCGUCGCUUAGAUGAAGUCCCACUCGCUUGCUACAUAGAUACAGGGUUCAGGUAUUUUGUUCUGUUAUGCCAUUUGCUACUGUUGUAGACAGUUGGUUUACUUAAACUUGAUUUUGAAGUCAAGUGAUUAUGUUUGCCAGUUCCCACAUUCUUCUUGGUUUAUUUCUCCUUUUGCAAUACUUAGGAAAUGAGCUUCAUGCUUCUAUAUUUAGUAUGGAACUGCCUCUCAGAUCACCAAGAACAAAAGAAAUGGAAAAAAGAAAAUUAGCUAA